CGUAAAUUGAUCUGCUCCUGCGUGUAACUGCAACUCGUCUAAGGAACCGCGAAAAACAAUUUAUUUUAGAUCGUCGUGCAAGAGACAAACAAACUUUUGGCGAAUUCGCCUGUGUAGUAAAGAUAAGAAAGUAUCAGAUCAUAUUACUGUUUAAAGGUUUGAAUUGACUUAUUGUGAGUGAUAGGUUAAGAAUAUUCCCCUAGUGGUAAAUUUACAACUGAAGUCUAAGAUAAAAAUAGAACUUUAGAAUUUUUCUUUUUUAUAUUAGUAUUCUAUUUUUAAGUUGAGAUACAUAAGAACAUGGUUGUGUCGAAGCAUCUAAGACGGAAUAGGGCUAGACUAUUUCUUGCUGUGGCUAGUGUACUGAUCUUACUUAUACUUAGUUUUACUUAUCAAUCAGUAGAUUCAAAUGAAUAUUCUGUCAUUGAUACGGACACCAUUAAAGAACACCCUGUACCUCCUCCUAAGCCUCAAGUACCACUAGAUUUUCCUCCAGCAGUUGAAGAAAUAGCACCUCAUAGUCCCAAACAACCAAAGGGUAAAACCAAUAGACCUCAAUCAAAUAAAAUUAAAAAGCCAACCCCAGAUCAACUUAAAACUAUACGAGAUUAUACUGUGUUUUUUGAUAAGUUGGAAGAUUUUGCAAUUCAUGCUGAAUCCAUUAAGGAUAAAUAUACUACCGAUAAGGCCAAGGAAUUGUUUUCCAGUAGUGAUGACUUUUUAUUCUCAAAACAAUAUUUAGAAAAUGUAUUGGAUAUCCCUCAAGAUACUUUUGAUAAACUUAAGAAUUCACAUACUCGUUAUGUUGAACAAAGGAUUCCGGAUUUAGUCGAUAAGCUCGGAUUUUCAACAUUCGGUAAUAUUUUAGAAUCUGAUAAAGAAUGGAAUGAAUAUCAAGGCUCUGCAGGUUAUGUACUUGUUGGUGGUGGACGUUAUAGUUGGUUAUCAUAUUUAGUCAUCAGACAAAUUAGGGCUUCAGGAGGUAAAUUACCUAUAGAAUUGUUUAUUCCUACUAAAUCAGAUUAUGAUGAAGAAUUCUGUGAAAAAGUCUUGCCAAAACUCAAUGCCAGAUGUAAUGUAUUUGAUACCAAUUUAGCCAACAAUUUAGCUGCACGAUUUAAAAUUGGAGGUUAUCAAUAUAAAAUGUUAGCCUUAAUUAGUUCGAAGUUUGAAAAUGUCCUUUACUUGGAUUCAGAUAAUUUCCCUACUAAAAAUGUCGAAUAUCUCUUUGAAUCAAAACAGUAUAAAGAUUCUCACUUAUUAUUGUGGCCAGAUGCUUGGGCCAGAACAACCAAUCCUAAAUUUUUUGAAAUUGCUGGGGUUGAAGUCAAAGAAAAUAAAUUAAGAUAUUCAGCUUAUGAUAAAAAGCAAGCUCAACUUGCGGAUAAACCCUUAGAUCCACUUAGUUCAUAUACGUUUGAAAAUUCAAACUUUCAUGAUUUUGAAGGUUCUUUACCUGAUCCAACUUCUGAAACCGGUAUGCUUGUGAUCAACAAAACCACACAUUUAAAGACAUUACUUUUAUGCUUGUAUUAUAAUGUAUUUGGUCCCGACUUCUAUUACCCAAUAAUGACCCAAGGUUCUGCAGGAGAAGGUGAUAAAGAGUCCUUUAUAGCGGCAGCUCAUGUUCUUGGUAAUCGUUAUUUCCAAACCGCCAAACAAUUCAGAUGGACGGGUUAUGUAUCUGAAGCUGACGGUAAAUUCACGUCUAAAGCUUUGGGACAUUUCGAUCCUGCUUAUGAUGAACAAUCUGGGAAGGAAGCAGAUAUAAUAUUUAUGCAUUUAUCAUAUCCUAAAUAUUAUCCUAAUUGGUUAGUUGAUAAUCAUGAUUUGGUUUAUGAAAAAUCAGGUAAGCAUAUUAGAAUGUAUGCAGAUAUAAAUGAUAAUGUAGGUUAUGAUUUUGAUUUAAGAGUUCUACAAUUCUUUACUCAAGGUUUAUGUCCAAACUAUUUUAAUGAAGAGGGUUUAGCAGUAGAUGGAACUGAAGGACCUAGAAAAUCAAAAGAUUUCAUGGGUCCAUUCUUACCUUAUGUAGGAAGUGAUGAUGAAAUCAAUAGUAAACGAUGUGAGGAAGUAUUUAUUCCUCAUUUGAAGUGGUUAAAAGAAACCACACAAUUUCCGGAUAAUCUGGUAAUUGUAUAAUGUUAAUAAUAUUAAAUAAUAUAGUCUUUUAUUAAGUAUAAAUAUAGUAAUAAGUCUAGAAAUUGCAAAAUUUGGUUAAUGUAAAAAACUAGGCUUAGAACUGCCUAAUAAGGCUAAAGUGCGCCUGCACCCGGGAUGCCGAUCGGAUCGCAUUUUGACGUUAUUUCCAUAUUUUCUACAUUUCUUAUUGCGUUCACCUUUGGGGAAGUACGUUUAUCAUGGAAUUUCUUUUUGGGUAUAUGGG